AUGUAUAUUGAUAUGAGUAAUAAAGUGUACAGCAAAGCCCGGCCGACACCACAACCACUACUAUUGUGUGAUUAUAGUCAACGCGACGCAACGCGUUCACCAUCGAUGGCCAACUCUACGCGCGCCGUCACAGACACCGGACACGUGAUCGCCGGCACCAGUACUACAGCCGCCACAGACACCGGCGACGGCAACAUCACUGUCACUGCUGUCACCGCCGAUGGUUACGACAGCGGCGGUGACGACACCCCAGCCCUACGCCAAGAGAUCACACGUCUUCGGCAACUGAUCGACAUUCUGGACAACAUCCGGAUCUACUCGUUGCCGCUCAUCAACGACUGUCACUGUCAGCGCCAGUCGUCGCCGGCGCGGCUCCAGAAGUAUCGCCGCUUUAACGCCAUCUACGAGGACCUGAAGGCCAGUCACCUCCGGUCGCCCAUUAAGCGCAACAAUCAUCACCCGAUUAUCAUCUCCGGCGCCAUCGCCGCCGCCAACGACGGCAGAGCCUGUAGUGUUGUCGACACCGGCGGCGACGAUAGCACAGACAUUACCGUUGAGAUCGUGUCCGUCGCCGAUGACAACGACCAACAGUCGGAUGUGGAUGUCGUUGACACUAAACAUUGUGAUCUGAAUGUCGAGACCGAAACGGAUGAGAAUGAAGAGAAUAUAGCGGUGGACCCGAACCCGAAUGUGCCGCCAUUGACACAGUGGCCACCGCUGCCCAUCAACACUACCGCCACCGACAGCACCUGCGCUAUAGUGGGCGCGCUAUACACGUGCUAUGAGUGUGACCACGACUUUCCCACACAACUGGAUCUCGACGUACACACAGAACGGAUCCAUUUGACCGGCGAUGAGGCGGUCGGUGUCGCCGUUCACAGCUAUGUCUGCGACAAGUGUUACGAAGUGUUUGACACCGAAGACCGACUGCACCGGCAUUUCAGUCAACGUCAUCGCACGAAGAGGUUGUUUGGCUGCGAUCAGUGCCCGUACAAGACGUUGAGCGAGAAAUACCUGUUGAGACAUAAGGCCGGCUAUCACUCGCCGCGCGGGAGUCCCGCACGAAAGGCCAGUCCCUAUAAGAGUCCGCAGAGACUGAGAAGUCCGCCAAAGUUGAAGCACCGAAGCCCUCAACGGAGUCCACAGAAGAGUCCCCGAAGUGUCGAUACAAAUGCAGCACUCGUUGAGAAAAUGGAGAGCAUAUUUGAAAUCAUAUACGGAGUGAACGAACGCGAUCACAGGUACCAGAGCUCGGGUUCCGGUCACCGGUCAACGGGUGGUCAACACAGUCGGGACAACGACAACACCGGACCCGCUAUUGAACUGGUAAAGAGCAGUGGCGGCCAAAAAGCCGAACCAAUGAUCGACACGAUCACAACCGGUGAUCAGUGUCCCAUAUGUUUGGACAUAAUGUGCGAACCGGUAACAGAUGGUCACAAUUGCGGCGACACCCGGAGCCUCACCUGUCGGCACCGGUUCCACAAGAAGUGCCUCAAGUCGUGGUUCGCCCACCGGAUGACGUGUCCGGUGUGUCGGCAACGGGUGGCCAAACGCGACCGUAAGUGCAGCGCCGAUAUCACUCAUACUGUGCCGACGGGUUACGAGUCGGAUGAGGGCGACGAGUACGCCGGUAUGGAUCCGGCGGUCAUUAUGCGGGCGUACAGCUCGUGGAUGGCCGACGACUACAUGAUUAUGGCUCACGGCGGCGCUCCCUCUAUCAAUAUCUGGUCAUUUUUCACGGGCUUUACCCGCCGGUCACCGCAGCCGCCGCCCCGACGCUCGCUUACCUCAUACCUCAUGUACGGCGCCGACGGUCACGGCUUUCACGACUACUUCUUGUUUUAG